AGAGAGAAAGAAUCCAGGCGGGCGCUAGCGGAAAGUGUUCGCCUGCUUUUGUCUCGCCGCACAGUGAGCUGGAAGAUGGAGAUGGAUGUUCAGGGAGUUUCUCCGUGCGCGGAGCCCAUCCCCCCGGCGCCGGGCUCCGCCGCGUGCCCGCACCAGCGCCCGCCGCCGCGCGAUGGGCAGCCCGCCGAGCCGGCGCCCUCGGCGGCCGAGGGCGGCCACGCGGAGCGGCGGCAGAGCAGCGACAAGGAGGACAAGAAGAGAACUACAGCCAACAAGACUUCAGGUGCUCCUUCCUAUAGCAGAUGGUCCAGUUCACAGCCGCAUCAGUCCAGCUCCGCGGUGAGAACGUACCAAAACAGCAAAGCGCGAGUGACCAUGAGCCCUGGCUUUGGUUCCCAGUGGAAUAGCAGCCCGCCGGCCUGGAGCACGUACACCUUUCCCAGAGCGAGCUUGCACUACCAGUCCCACGCCAGCUACACCUACUGCGCUGGACACCCUGCUCAGUCCUAUGCACCAGCUCCUCACCCCAUGGCUCCUCCCAGCCCCAGCACAAACAGCAGCAACAACAGCAGCAACAACAGCAGCGGCGAGCAGUUGAGUAAAACCAACCUGUACAUUCGAGGCCUUCCACCCGGCACCACCGACCAGGACCUUAUCAAGCUGUGCCAGCCGUAUGGGAAAAUCGUAUCCACAAAGGCAAUCCUUGACAAGAACACAAAUCAGUGCAAAGGUUACGGUUUUGUAGAUUUUGACAGUCCGGCAGCAGCACAGAAAGCAGUAGCAUCUCUCAAAGCAAAUGGCGUGCAGGCCCAGAUGGCAAAGCAACAAGAGCAGGAUCCCACAAAUCUAUACAUCUCAAAUUUACCCGUUUCCAUGGAUGAACAGGAACUGGAGAAUAUGCUGAAACCUUUUGGACAUGUCAUUUCCACCAGAAUAUUAAGAGAUGCUAAUGGAGUCAGCAGAGGAGUCGGCUUUGCCAGAAUGGAGUCUACAGAAAAAUGUGAAGUAGUAAUUCAACAUUUUAAUGGAAAAUAUCUGAAAACUCCACCUGGUCUACCAGGCUUAUGUUUAUGUAACCUCUGGUUAUUAAAUUGUCAUAAAACCCCCACUGAGCCUUUGCUGUGCAAAUUUGCUGACGGAGGGCAAAAGAAGCGUCAGAAUCAAAGCAAAUACACGCAGAAUGGAAGGCCGUGGCCCAGAGAAGGAGAGGCUGGCAUGGCUUUGACUUAUGAUCCAACAGCUGCUAUACAGAAUGGAUUUUAUUCCUCCCCGUACAGUAUUGCAACAAACCGCAUGAUCCCACAGACAUCAAUCACGCCAUUCAUCGCUGCUUCCCCUGUCUCCACAUAUCAGGUCCAGAGUACUUCAUGGAUGCCUCAUCCGCCAUAUGUUAUGCAACCAACAGGUGCUGUGAUAACACCAACAAUGGACCACACUAUGUCAAUGCAGCCAGCAAGCAUGAUGGGCCCUCUCACCCAACAGAUGAACCACCUUUCCUUGGGCACAACAGGAACGUACAUGACUGCUGCUGCACCUAUGCAAGGGACCUACAUUCCCCAGUACACUCCUGUGCCUCCAACAGCUGUCCCUAUUGAAGGUGUCGUUGCUGAUACUUCUCCACAGACAGUAGCAUCUUCAUCACAGGAAGCCAGUGGUCAACAGCAACAGAUGACCGUGGAAACAUCCAGUGAACAUGCGCCUGCAUAUUCCUACCAACAGUCUAAGUAA